GGGAGCCGGGAGGAUGCAGAAGCCGCUGCCAGCAAUGAGGAUGGAGGCCGGGGAGGCAGCGCCGCCGGCGGGGGCGGGCGGCCGCGCCGCGGGCGGCUGGAGCAAGUGGGUGCGGCUCAACGUGGGGGGCACCGUGUUCCUGACCACCCGGCAGACGCUGUGCCGGGAGCAGAAGUCCUUCCUCAGCCGCCUGUGCCAGGGGGAAGAGCUGCAGUCCGACCGGGAUGAGACCGGGGCCUACCUCAUCGACCGGGACCCCACCUACUUCGGGCCCAUCCUGAACUUCCUCCGGCAUGGCAAGCUGGUGCUGGACAAGGACAUGGCCGAGGAGGGGGUCCUGGAGGAAGCCGAGUUCUACAACAUCGGCCCGCUGAUCCGCAUCAUCAAGGACCGGAUGGAGGAGAAGGACUACCCCGUCACACAGGUCCCGCCCAAGCACGUGUACCGCGUGCUGCAGUGCCAGGAGGAGGAGCUCACGCAGAUGGUCUCCACCAUGUCUGACGGCUGGCGCUUCGAGCAGCUGGUGAACAUCGGAUCCUCCUACAACUACAGCGGGGAGGACCAGGCCGAGUUCCUGUGCGUGGUGUCCAAGGAGCUCCACAGCUCCCCCCACGGGCUGAGCUCCGAGUCCAGCCGCAAGACCAAGAGCGCGGAGGAGCAGCUGGAGGAGGAGCAGCAGCAGGAGGAGGAGGAGGUGGAGGUGGAACAGGUGCAGGUGGAGGCAGAUACACAGGAGAAAGCUGUUACAAGCCAGAGGCACCCGGAUGUGAGGCCCCAGAUCACCUCCAGGCACUUGGGGUUCCGAUCCGAAGUCCUUUAUUUUUGUACCAUGGGGUGGGCCCCCGGUUCCAGGUGGAGGAAGUGCCCUUCCCACUGCCACCUCUGCCUACACCGGUGGGGCCGUGACCGCCCCCUGCCCCCCCGGUGGGCCCUGGCACCCCUGGGCAGAGCCGCCUGCCUGUGUGGCGCUGUCCGGCUGUGUCUCCCAGGCCCCUACGGCCCUUCCCCCGAGACCCCCAGCUGCAUGGCGGAUACCGUCCCUCCCGGCCCGGUCACGUCACCUCCUUGAGCCUUAGCUUCCCCGUCUGUCAAAUGGGUUCACUCCCCCCCCACCUACCUCACAGGGUUGUUGUGAGGUGCAGGGACUCAGAAAGCCCUCCCUCAGGGAGGAGGUGCCAGGCCCAGGCAGCCCCCUCACCCUCCCCUCCAGGGGAAGGACAGUGUGGCCCCAGAUGAGGUUCGGUGUUGGUGGGGGUGGAGGGGGGGUGGCCCUCGGCCUUCCCCUGGACCACUCCCACCCUCCGUACGCUGUGGGCAGAGCCCAGGCCAGGAGCGGGCAGGCCACUGAGGGCCCAGGGAGACGGGAAGGGGGCCGCUCCCCGUCAGGGCCUCUGUCUGCCUCUCAGCGGGGUACCUCCCAGCUGUGUCUGCACCGCCGUGAAAUAAAACCUGAGGAAACAGC